AAUAUGAUCUCAAAUAACAUGAUCUUGGUUUGCUAAUCAACGAACAAAUAUUAUAUUGUGUGCAUUUCAGACCUGUCUUGCCCACUGGGUGGUACAAUGAUGCGCCCGCAGCUGGAUGCUGUGACGCGGUGCUGUAGUUCAGUGUGCGAAAUAAUACAAAUAUGUAAAUAUUGUCGGCCUUCACAACUACCGCUAAAUUCACUGUACGGAAAACCCGAUUUCUUUGACCGGAGGCAACUUUGUGUUUAUACUUCUUUCAACAACAACAAAAAAACACAUGAGAUGUGUGCAUUAUCACAAUACGCACACUGAAGCUCUUUUUAACCGGCAAAAGAAGGCAGUUGUGCUGUCACCGUUGUCAUACGAUCUUGUGUUUGCGGCAGAGCAACCCGAUACAAUAAUGAAGAGAAGUCAACUGCAGCAGUGUCUGCUGCCGCUAUGUGUCUUAACUUCAGUGAACUUUGCUGCAACGUUAGAACAUGGGCAACGCUGUGUUAAUCCUGUAGGAAAGCCCGGUACGUGUAUCCCUUUUCGAGAAUGUCCGCCCCUUCUUGAUUUGUACAGCAAGGUUUUUACAACUCCGGAUGAAGGAAGGUUCCUAGCAAACAGCCGGUGUGGGGAGAUUAAUCGCCGUACUUUGGUAUGUUGUGCAACAACCGAUCCGAGUGGACAACAGUCUACCAACAGUGAUCUGCCCGUAUCACCGCAAUGUGGCAUUCAGUUGUCGGAUCGUAUCGUUGGAGGACAGGCGACGGAAUUGGAGGAGUUCCCGUGGUCCGCACUCAUUCAGUAUUGGCUACCGGAGGGUUUCUAUCAAUUUCACUGUGGAGGUGCGCUAAUAAACUCACGCUACAUCCUGACAGCAGCCCACUGCGUUCAAUCACUUCCUCGAGGAUGGCAAGUACAUAUGGUUCGACUCGGCGAGUGGGAUCUUGCCACAGAGAACGAUUGCUCGCAAGGUGUCUGUUCAUCUUCACCUAUCGAUCUGGAAGUGGAGCAUAGCAUUGCUCACAAUGAUUACCGUGAACAAGACAACAGCCAUGCUAACGAUAUUGCGCUGAUGCGGCUCAAGCAAGAUGUACCUACCAGCCGCACGAUACGACCGAUCUGUCUGCCAGUGAUGGAAUCGGUACGUAAUCGUAACUGGGUAGGAUUGUCUAGCUUUGCUGUCGGCUGGGGUAAAACCGAAACAAGCUCGGCUAGUGAAAAGAAAUUAAAAGUUGAGCUGAAUGUGAGGGAUUUAGCAACUUGUUCGACGGUAUAUAGCGGAAUUGGGAUUUCCUUAAAAGCUACCCAUAUGUGUGCCGGUGGUGUACGAGACAAGGAUACGUGCACCGGUGAUUCAGGUGGACCGCUGAUGACCAAGGUAAACGGUGCUUGGUAUCUGAUCGGUAUCGUUAGCUUUGGAUUGAACAAGUGUGGAACCCCCGGUUAUCCGGGCAUUUACACAAAUGUCGCGAUGUAUAUGGAUUGGAUUGAAAGCAAUAUGCGUUAGAUACAGCGUUUUACAACAUUUAGUAAGCAAUGUAAUGCAAUACAAUAUCACAUUUCGGUACAUUUAUAAUUGCUGUACACAAUCAGGGUUUGUUAGUUCGGAUAAUAUAAUUGUUCGUAUUUUUUUUCUACUAUCAAAACCAGACUAAAACGAAAUACACCACGAGGAAAACCAAAUGCCUAAAUUAUUAUGUUUUCCAAAGAUUCAAUUUAACAAAUAAACCAACAAAACUGUUUUGCGGUAA